UUUGUCCUGCAGUCAACACAUUUCUGCAGUGCUGUGCUUCUUAAACCCAUAUUAUGGAUGUGCUGUUUGCUUUACAUACAUACCUUUGGCCUGUAUUUAUUGCUGCUGCUGUUUUCUUUUUUAUUUGGAAGAGUCGCAGUAAAGAACAUGAACAUAAGUUUGGACGGCUACCUCCAGGUCCUGCUCCUGCACCUGUGGUUGGGAAUUUCUUUCAGGUUUAUUUAAAGGAACCGUACAAGUAUUACCUUGAGCUCAGUAAAAAACAUGGAUGUAUUUUCACCCUUUGGUUUGCUAAAACACCUGUUGUGGUGAUCUCUGGAUACCGAGCCCUGAAAGAGACCAUGAUUGGUAUGGGUAAUGAGUUUAGUGGAAGGGCAAAUUACCCCCUAUUAAUGAAGACCACUAAUGGAUAUGGUGUUUUGGUCAGCAAUGGGGAAAGAUGGAAGCAGCUUCGGCGGUUCACUCUGUUAACCAUGAAGAACUUUGGAAUGGGUCGGCAAACCAUUGAGGAUAAGGUGAAGGAGGAGGCCAGCUAUCUCGUACAAAGUUUUAGUACAUUUGGAGACUCUGCUUUCAAUCCAGGAAACAUGAUAAAUAAAGCAGUGUGCAAUGUAAUUUGCUCAAUCAUAUUUGGCCAGAGAUUUGAAUCUGAUGACCCACAGUUAAAUCUUAUGCUCGGGGCUGUGAAUGGCUACUUCAAAGUUCUCAGUAGUCCUCUUGGACAGGCUUAUAAUAUUUUUCCCAAAAUCGUGGGCCUUUUCCCUGGGCAUCUGCAUGACAUGUUGUCAAAAGUGGAAGAGGCCAAAGGUUUAUUUAAGCUUGAAGCAGAGGCACGGAUGAAGACACUGGAUCCUUCUUCACCCCCUAAAGAUUUCAUUGAGGCUUUCCUUUUACAAAUGGAAGAGGAAAAACAUAACCCUAAUACAGAAUUUAAUUUCAAUAACUUAUUGGGCACAACAUGGGGCAUGUUUAGUGCUGGCACUGAGACUACGACUUCUACAAUCAGACAAAGCCUGCUGCUAAUGAUGAAGCACCCAGAUAUUCAAGCACGAGUCCAGAGGGAGAUUGAUGAGGUGGUAGGACGAGACCGGAGCCCUUCCAUUGAUGACAGACAGAACAUGCCAUAUACAGAUGCAGUCAUACAUGAAGUUCAGCGCACCAUGGAUAUUGCUCCUACUGCUGUUCCACAUAAAAUGUUAUAUGACACUGAGUAUAGGAACUAUCUCAUUCCCAAGGGAACCAUGGUUCUUCCUUUGCUGUCUUCUGUGCUUUCUGACCUUGAGCUAUGGAAGAACCCUGACAAUUUUGACCCUGAGAACUUCCUGGAUGAAAACGGACGAUUCAAAAAAAGUGAUGCAUUUGUUGUAUUUGGAAUGGGGAAGCGGGCGUGUUUAGGUGAAGCUCUGGCCCGAGUGGAACUGUUUAUUAUGUUCACGUCUCUCCUCCAGCACUUCACCUUCAGGGCCACUCAACCACUGGAAGCAAUUGACACCACUCCUGCCAUUUGCAGCUUUGGCCGUUUACCUCGUUUCUAUGAGUGCUACACUGUGCACAGAACAUAAACAGCUGUUUUUCUUGGAUGGUAUCUUGAUUCUUAUUUUUUAGGUUCACAGUUACAAGAAUAGAAAAAUAUUUAGAAAAAACAUCAUAGAUAUUUAAAAAAAAAAAAAAGAUUCUCUUGCAUCAGUGGACAUUACUUUGUUUUAAUUGAUGUUCUUUACAUAAUGACAAUUUUUCCUAAUGAGAAUCUAGGUGAAAAUGUUCAUAAUCAUCUUUGGUAUAGUCUCCUUUGAAUCAUGUUGUCAGUCUUAAUUCAAUCUAUUUUCCGAUCUUUAACAAGUACAGUAUUCAAAUUCUGAAAAAACAUGCAGUUGUUAACACUGAAAUUACACACAAUUACCAUACAAUUGGCUUACUACCUUCUUAAUCAUAUAUCAUAAUAUUUGUCUUUUUCAUUUUCAUCUUUUCAUUUUAAAACUUUCCAUUUCCCUGUAAGAAAGUACACUUAAUAAUCUCCUAGAAAAAACAGCUGUCAUAUAAAAGCUUAAAACAAAGCUUAAUCAUUUGCAUAACCCAACUCUGUUUACAAGUAACUUUUGCCUCUUUCUUCUACUGAUGCCAUUUAUGAUCUUACUUCAUUGACUUAAUUUAUAAAAUUUAUUGAAUUACAUUAGAGCAUUGUAAAAUUCAGCAUAGCUUCAGUAUGCUGCUUCCCUACAGAUUCUGAGACUAUGUUUCCACAGAAACAAAAAAGAUGAAGGUAAUAUGCGAAGUAUGAAGUAGGGGAAUAUAUGAAGUAGGGGAAAGGUGAAGGAGAAGCGUACGGUAUGAGGUAGUUAAACAUUAUAAGGCAAGCGAUUCAUUAGUAUGUAUGGAACUAUGGACUCGUGUAGGACACAUACUGUAUGUUAUGAAAAGGUAAAAUCACACACCUGACUCUGAUCCUACAAAGUCCAUGACUUUGGUACAAAGUGUUUAAGAUGCUGGUUUGAAGUCAAAGGUACAUGUUUAUUGCAGUCAAACUAAAUAUAGCCAUUAGACUACUUACAGAUUCCUUCACUGAGAACCAAGAAGUAAUUCAGCCAUGAAUGCGCAUAUUAAGCCUUAACCAAUACAAUGAUGCCCUCUAGUGUUUAUUAUAACAAAAUAAAUAAUAAUAAAAUAAUAAAACAGCUCUGUAAAGGUUUUUCUAAAGGUCUUUUUAGGUAGAGAUGAAUUUCCACUAGAACCAUUAACAGUGUAAUUCAAAAGUGUAAGAAGUGAUGCUGGUAGGGUAUCAAAACCAAACAUUGAUUUGAUUUAGAUUUUUCUUCUGUUCACUCACUUUGUAUUUUCUAAAUUAAUAAAAACAAUUAAAAUAAGUAUUCUUACUUUACAACAUUUCUUCAUGCCUGCCUAAAACCUUUGCAUAUCUAUUGUAUGAACAGAGG